AUGGAGAAGUCGCCGAGUUUAACCGCCAAGUCCGAGGACUCCUUGCCGUCCCCUUUGCCAACAACACUGGAGGACGACGACUCUGCCUCUGUGUGCUCAGACGAGCUGCUGGGCUCCCAGUCGCGCCGGUGGUUCGCCGAACUGAUGGCGGCGGACGAGCUCCAACCGCCUGGCCUCGAUGUCAACGGAGAGAGGGUCCCGUUGGGCCGCGACGGGCUCUUUGUCGACUAUCAUUUCCCUCUCGGAGAACUUGAAAUGAAGGCUGGAGUCAAAUGGAGGCGACCAAAGGAGCUGUGCUCGUCACCUGGGUUCACUGUUGAUGGAGCAUCACGCCUGGAUGUACGCCAAGGAAAGCUCAGUGACUGCUGGCUGCUUUCCGCAAUCGCAUCUCUGGCUGUGCACCAGCCCUUGCUCCGCAAGGUCGUUCCUCCUGGACAAACUUUCCAAAGCGGAUACAACGGGUGCUUCAUCUUCAGGUUCUGGCAAUAUGGUCAGUGGGAGGAAGUCCGAAUCGAUGACUUGCUGCCGACGUACAACAACGAGUUGAUCUACCUCAGCUCGCCAGAAAAACGAGAGUUCUGGAGCUCCUUGCUAGAAAAGGCCUAUGCCAAGCUAAAAGGAGGCUACCGCGCCUUGGACAUGGGCUUCCCACAUGAGGCCAUGGUUGAUAUGACAGGCGGCGUGGCUGAGGUUCUGAGUGUGGCAGUGCUUCCCCGGGAGCUUCCGGCCUUCCUGGCUGAGCUGCUGGCCAAGGGAGCGCUCAUCAACUGCGCCAACACACAAGGUCCUCUGGAAUUCAGGAAUGAGCUGGGAAUCAUGUUCAGACAUGCUUACUCACUAACUGCCGUGGAAAAGGUGGAGACAAAAUAUGGGCCUGUGGACCUGGUGCGCAUCCUCAAUCCAUGGGGCAACACAGAGUGGCUGGGCCCUUGGAGCGACUUGCAAGGGCCCGAGUGGAACACAGUGAGUGCUGAGGAACAAAAGAGACUUGAACGAAUCCGACGGGAAGACGGAGAGUUUUGGAUGUCGGUGUCUGACUUCCGUCAGAACUUCGAAACCAUGGAGGUGUGUCACCUGGCCGACCUUCAGAGUGACGUUAGUGUGCAGCCGUGGUCGUGCGCGAUGCAUCAUGGGACUUGGGUGCCACACGUCUCUGCCGGUGGUUCUCCCAAAGGAGGUUACUUCUGGCAGAAUCCACAGUUUGGCUUGGUGCUCUCUCAGGACCACGAAUCAAAAGAAAAUCCCAAACGCUGUGCCUUCAUUUUGGCCCUCAUGCAGAAAUAUCAGCGACGCAGAGGCAUCAACCUGUCCAUUGCCUUACACAUAUACCCGGCCCCUCAGGAGAGCACACACCUUCCCCCUGAGCAAUUGAGCAAACAUCCCCCGGUGAUGAGCAGUAGCUACUACUCAUCUCGGCGAGAGGUGGUUCUGCGGGGCCAUCUCCCACCGGGUCGCUACGUGGUCAUCCCGUCCACCGCUGAGCCCAAUCAACAGGGUGCCUUCCUGCUGCGUGUGCUUACUGAGCGAGGCCACACUGCUACGCCAGCUCAACACCCUGCGACACGAGAUCUGACUUCAAUAACAGCACCUCAUUAUCCCCACCAGGAAGCUCUCCCGUCGCUUAAAGCCAUGAUGCAGCUCUUCAAGAAGCACUGCAACAAGAGAGGAUUCUGCAAACCACAUCAUCUUCACAGCCUGCUUACAGAGGCCAUCCAAGGAGGAGUGUUGGCAGGCAGUGAGAAGUACUUGGCCCUGGAGCACUGUAAGAGCCUGGUGGUCCUCAUGGAUAGUCAAGGAAUCGCUCAGCUAACUUGGCUGGAGUUCCAAGCACUCUGGGACAAAAUCCGAAUGUGGACGGACAUCUUUCUAGUGUAUGACAAGGAUAAGACAAAGCAUCUGGAAUACAAGGAAGUGGCUCCAGCUCUUAAGGCUGCAGGAAUUGUCGUGGAUGACCUGGUGAUGCAGUUGGUGGGCCUGAGAUACACAGAGCCAGACAUGACCAUCAGCUACCCUGGCUUCCUUUACCUCGUUAUGAAACUGGAAAGCAUGAUCCACAAAUUUCACGCGUACGACAUGGUAGGAAUGGGCUGCAUCUCAUUGAACUACAGACAGUGGCUCCACAUGACCAUUUACAACUGA